AAACUGAUUUUACAAUAUGAGUGCACGUAAGCAGAGUGGAGAUGUGCAGAUGGAGGAGUGUCCUUUCUGUGGAAAGCCAUUCAAAAGGCUGAAGUCACACCUUCCUCACUGUAAAAUGGCUUUGGCUGCCCAGAGAACAACAACCUCUACUGCCUCUGACCACCUGCACGACAGUAGGUCUGAUAAACACACGGUCACUAUGAGUAAAACCAAGAGGACAGCAUCCAAGCGGAACCUGAAGGUUAACAUCAGUGAUCACACCGACGAUACGUUACCUGUUAACCCAGGAACCGCACAGAAAAGUGUCAAAUCCAAACUGAAGGCACCUAAAGUGGUUGGCGAUAAGACGUCCUCCCAAAGCUCUCCAGCUGUUUAUUCUACAUCUCUGGCUGUAAAACAAGAAACUGAGAAUGUUGGAAUAAAACGGUUGGAAGUAAGGGAGCGGGAGUUGGAGAGAAGGAAUCAGUUUAUUUCCUACAAACAGAACGAAAACAAACCUACCUCAGAGACUAACUUAUUUCAAGAAGCUCUCAAAGAACCAAAACGGGCUGAGACCAUUCAGACGGACAGAAAAACUGCUCAAGGCAGAAGAGUGCCGAAGUUCUCCUCCCAGAUGAAGUUGUCACAGAGGGACAAUACGCUGUCCUCCUCAUCUGCCACCAGCAAGAGCACUGUCGGCACUGCAGUUCCUUCUCAAGAUGCCCUUAAGAUGACCCCUGGGCUCUCUGUUUCAGAACGGCUGCCGAACCGGCUGGACCGCUCCAAACGCAAAAGCGAACCAAAGUUCUGGGAGUACAUAGAGGCUGGCCCAGAGCCUCAGAGAGGAGGCACUUUUGGAUUGACAGCACAAGGUCUGGUCUCCUCUGUGCCGAAGACCUCUGUAUGGGACCACAUUAAAGAGGGCCUGUAUAACAGGAGGUCCAGAGGUCUCUCAGUUGUCCAUCUUACUCAGGGAGUCGCCAAAGUGGCUUCCUGCGACCGUGAAAGUGCCUCUGCCUUAUUGAUGUCGACUCGCGUAUCUCAGCGAAGCCCAGAAAGGCUUCAGGCUGAUGGUACCGAGGUCCGGUCGGCACCUGUGCCAUCUGGCAUCCACACGCCAACGCAGAGUUCUCUCUCUGAGGGAACCAGUUCAAGAACACAGCGCAUCCCUGGCAUGGAGUGGGCAUCUAUGCUAACUGGUGACUACCAGUUCCCCAUACCUCACACAGAGAGAGCCCUGAGUCAGCACGUGUGGGCCCCCCCUCCCACUGGACCAUCCCCGCCCCCACUGCCUCUGAACCCAGGUCCCCUGAGUGAGCGUCACCUGGGAGACGUGAGGCUGAACGAACUUGCUGAUUGGCUGAUCUCGCGAACGCCGCUGACACCCAGGGAAGGCAUUGCAAUGCUGAACCGAGGGUGGCAGUGGUAUUACAGGAGGUACAUUGACGUUCGUAAAGGUGGCAUCGGUGGAAUCUCCAUGCUGAUCGCUGGUUACUGUGUCCUGAGCUACAUGUGGAGUUACCCCCAUCUCAAAAAGGACCGCUGGCGAAAGUAUCACUGAGGACUGGCGCUUAGAAUCUGACCGAUGUGUUUCCUGUCAGACCAAACAAAACCUGGGUCCUCCAA